CAUAUAUUUGUACUGGUAGCUUCAAAUCACAGCAGAAACUUUGACAAAUAACAUAAAAAAUGACUUUGGAGAUCUGUGUGAAGGCUGCUGCUGGUGCUCCUCAUGUUCUUGGAGAUUGUCCAUUUUCUCAAAGAGUUCUGUUGACUUUAGAAGAGAAGAAAAUUUCAUACAAAUUACACCUCAUCAAUCUCACUGAUAAACCUCAAUGGUUUUUGGAAAUAAGUCCUGAAGGGAAGGUACCAGUUCUAAAAGUUGAUGAAAAAUGGGUGUCAGACUCUGAUGUUAUCGUUAAGAUUCUCGAGGAGAAGUACCCUGUGCCAUCUCUAGUCACUCCUCCAGAAUAUGCUUCUGUAGGUUCAAAGAUGUUUUCUGCCUUUGUCAAAUUCUUGAAGAGCAAAAAUCCCGAUGAUGGAUCAGAACAGGCCGUGCUUGUGGAAUUGAAGGCCUUGGAAGAGCAUCUUAAGGCGCAUGGUCCAUUCAUUGCUGGAGAAAAGGUCACUGCUGCCGAUUUGAGCUUGGCACCAAAGCUGUAUCAUCUUGAGGUUGCUCUUGGCCAUUUUAAGAAGUGGACUGUACCCGAAGAUUUAACUCAUGUCAAAGACUACAUGAAGUUGAUGUUCUCUCGUGAAUCUUUCGAGAAGACCAAAGCUUCAAAGGAACAUAUGAUUGCAGGGUGGGAGCCUAAGGUCAAUCCAUGAACACAGUUACAACUUAUACGAGUCAAACUCGAGCUAUGAAAUGUAACAGAAAACUGUAUACGACACCUUAAAACCAAACUGAAUGCUGAUGGUUCUGUGUACUAUACAAAUACUAAUAAAAAAACGAUAAUAUUGUAGUAUUGAUAUUACUACUGUUUGAUUAGGCAA